AUGUUUCCCUUCAACACCCCCCAGCACUCACCGCAAAAGCCUGAUCCCAAGACAGCCUCUAAUGCUACUCCGCGUCCUUCGAGACAUAUUGCGGCAGCAAAGGCUAACACUACAGGCAUCCGUUACGAUAUUGCAGAGGCUAUGAACUCGGAGACCUUCGUUUGUGACGUCGAGGCCUUCAUGGCUCAUUACCUUCCCAAGGUAGAGGACAGGGUGCUAUCGCAGGUCCUUGGCGAUUUGAUUGAGAAGGAGGUUCUCAUCCCUCGCAAGGAGACCAAAGCGCGACUACAACCGUCUGGAAAAGGAAAGUCCGCGAAAGCGGUGUCGCCCUCUAUUCCGUCCAUGUCCUAUUCCCAUGUGCUGAAGAACUUUAAACCUCCCUGUGGCGGGGGGAAGAAAGAUGCCCGUGAGGAGAACAUCUUUUCACCCUUGACCGAGAUCUGUACGGCGAUUUGUGAGGCCCUCAACUCGAUCGAUGGCGUCAAGUUAAAUGGAUACACGAUUCGCAUGUGUGGCCACAACGGCCUUGUCUCCUUGAUUAAGGGGGGUGAUCAGAGGAUAGAUGCUUGUAUGACGAAGAACACGAAGGGCCGACUCCGCGUCACCGACAUAGUUGUCGUGUUCGAAUUCAAGACGAACCGCGUGCAGAUCGUCUCACAUUCCAACCACGCAAUGAACGAAGACCCGCGACGCAUGUUUACGCUUGGGAUCACUAUCGAAGAUGGCGGGUUCUCCCUGUGGUAUUUCUCUCGCUCUCACUCGGCGAAGUCGUGGGCAUUCAACAUGGUCGAGCGAGCACAUUUAUUCAUCAAGAUCAUGAUUGCCCUGUUCUGCGCCACCGAUGAAGAACUGGGCUUCAAUCCUCUUGUUGAGCUGCUGGACGACGAUAUCAGCUUUGUGUACAAGUUUCCCUCGAGUGGAGACAAUGAGGAUGCAACAUUUUUCCGAACCCAGGCCACUAUCUUCCAGACUCGGUCCCCCACCCUGACUGGUCGUUCUACCCGCAUUUUGAGGGUUCAACAAGUCGAUCCCAGCAACGGUUACGCACAAAUUGAAGGAACGAAGGACAUGAUUUUGAAGGAUGUAUCGCUGCAUGUCGACGUGCGCACGGAGGACGACAUUCAGAAACGCCUUUUUGCUGACGUCGAGAAGUUUCGAAGCAAUCCAGAGAGGCCAUGGAGGGAUCAACCAAUUGUAAAGGACUUUGGCGAUAAAGAAAAGACAUCGCUGGCUGAAAUUCUCGAGGACGAUCGAUUCAUGGACUUCUUCUCUUGCAUCAUUAAAGCGUACACAGGACAACCUAGUCUUCCCGUGGUUCCCAACGCGUCUGUGGAUCCAAACCUAUUCCCGACCUCGCUGAAGAACGAUGAAGAAACUUAUGUUCACCAGUUCGAGACAAACCGACCAGAUCCUGGAUGUGAGAGAACUAAAGAGGAUGAAAUCACCAAACCGAAGAAUCCUCCCAGCCCCGAUUUGUUCCCGCUGAAGAAGCAGUGCUUGUACAUCUUUCCAGAGGUCUACACGCCUCUCUAUAACAUCCCAACCAUGGGCCAGGCUAUCCAAAUCUUGAAACAAUGUGUCUUGGUGGGUUGCAGGCCAUUAAAUGGCAAUUAUCCGAGGCCUUUUGGCCUGCAGCCCUACAGCUUGUCCUUGUUUGAGAGACAUCUCCGCGCUCACAUGUUGAAAUCAAGGUCGAAACCUUGGCAUCCCAAAUCCAUCUCCCAACAGAACCCGAGACCAAAAGGCCUCGGAACUUUAUCAGUUCUUCAAUUGAUGGCUUGCGCGGGAUGGGUUCAUCGCGAUAUCAGCGCCGGAAAUAUCUUGGCGAUGUGGAAUGAGACGACACGCAAGUGGCAGCUCAAACUCUCCGACCUUGAAUACGCGAAGAAAUUUCCCAGUGAGAAGGGCAGCAAGUCAAGUGCCGUCCCGAAAACGGGGUCACCUUUCUUCAUGGCGGUAGCAGUCCAGUCGCAGAGUCAAAUUCGUCCUCCUCCUGAUUUGGCCUAUCAUACCAUUGAUCGAGCCUUUGACAAUCAAGCGACGAUCCGCAGCUACUUCAUCGCCCUGGAAGAUCUUCGAAGUGCCCUUUAUGAUGCCUACUGCCAACGUAACAAGCAAGAGGACAUCAGCUCGUACUCGACUGUAAUCAGCAAGCCAUUCCGAGCCUUUUUCGAGACACUCGACAAGUCACCAGACUUGUGGCAAUCGGUAGAAUUAAUCAUGGAGAAAGAAAAGAAAGCAGUUGGACCUCCAGCGAACAAGAGAAAGGCGAACGGGGAUGUCAAGGGACGGAAUAAUGGAAAGAAAGUUCCUUGGGUGCCCAAUCCCAAAGGAACGACCGCGACCAAAGACGAGAUCGAUGACCAGGGCCACAAAUACGCAGAGUCACGCAGAUGGGACUAG